UCCAGAACGCCAUUCCAGACAAUAUUUUCAAGUGUUUAACAAUGCCGAGUUCUAGUUAACCCAAUUAAAGGUCUAGGCGUAGAAAUCCCAGUUAUAAUUGUUUCACCAUUGUUUACAAUUGAUAGCAACCUUUAUCUCUACGACAACGAGAUAACUGCGAUUAGUUAUGGCUGAGGUAUGUUGUUAUACGUUGACUUUUGCGUGAAAAUAUUAACAGAACUUGGUAAUAUCCGGCCAAUAUGGGUCAUCCGAAUUCAAAGCCAAGCGACAAGCUGGGCACAAUCAACCGAGAAGUCACUUCCCUACGAACCAGUCUGCGCUCAAACCGAAAAUACACCAAAGAAAACAAGGACCAGAUCAUCCAGGAACUGGUGCAAUGCUCGAAUGAAGUAAACGCCUUGAAAGGCAAGGUGAAAACUAGGUAUCUAGAGCAAGUUCAGAGCAACAUUUCGCACGCUAUGGAAGACGUUUUGUCCAAGAACGCACAAGAACAGGACCUAGACAUGGGCGCUGUGGAGACCAGUUCUUUCGUCCAGCUCUCUGUUAGCAAGAGGCAAAUGUCUAAUAAAGAUCUGUCGGAUUCUGCAGCUAAGAGGCCGAAGAACAUCCAGAUAGACUUUGUCAAGCCGUCCAUUCCCACACUACAAGAUAUCGAGGAAAAACUGAGGGCUCUCAAACCCCAGAUCAAUAUUGCGAUUGAACAGAGGGACCUCACUCAGUUGAGAGUACAUCAGGAAACCAUCAAAGUGCUUGCAACCGAUUUAGAAAUGAUAGACGUCAGAGAACACACACCUUUAGACGAUAAGAAAAAGAAAUUGGAUAAAAGCAUUGUGGCUCAACAUCACAAAAUCACGAAAACUAUGAAGGAAAUCAGAAGAGACAAGGACAUCAAUUAUUUGGUAAAACAGAAUGCGAGGUCUGUGAAAGAACUGGAAGACAUUCAAAAAGAAAUAUCUGACAUAGAUGCUGCAGUAUCAACCCUAACAGAAAACAAUGACAAGUCAAGCGUAAUUAGGUUGCGAGAAAAUAUCCAAAUCAUUAAACAGCGAUUGUCAUCUGUGGAAUCAGUAGAUGAGUCUACAAAACAAAUGCAGAUGAAAUUAAUGAAAAAGCUUGCUGAUAUCUUAAAGAGCAUCGAUGAAUGUACAAAAGAUAGUAGUCACUCUGAUCUUACCAAAGCUAAGAUGAACUAUGAAGAAAUAAUAACCAAUAUUGCUAGUGGAAACAGUAUAGAUAAAGACGAAAUAAAAAUAAAACUGCAAAGCUUACAGAGCUUCAUAAACAGUAUUAAAGAUGACAACGAAACCAUUUUGAGAGGCAAACAACAGCUCUUAAAUAAAGUCAGACAAUCGUUUUCGUUCAUAAUGGAAAAUGAACAAAAAAUAGAAAAUACUGAGGUGGAACUGAAUGAUAAAGAAGAAAACAAAAAAAUUAUGGAACUAGAGAGCUUUUACAAUAAUUGGAAAUCUCUUCAGAAAAGCAUAAAUCUAACAUCUCUGGACGACUUCUCAGAAGUAGACAAAGUCUUGAGUGACAUCCAAAAGUCAAUUGAACAAACAAGGCAUCGACUAGCUGAGAGUGCGAGUUUGCCUUCCGUCCUUAACAAAAAAUUAAAUUACUCUACUCCAAACCUAACUUCACCCAAAUCACUGCACUCUAAAUUCGGAAGUAGCCUUAGUGUAGACCAGUCAAAUCAAUCUUUAAUAAGAACAAAAGUAAAAGUCUAUAAUAUCUCUACACCUCAGAUACAAAACAUCAACGAUCAACCUGUAGUGUUGAGAAACAAACAAUUUUACCGAAAUAACAGCAGUCCCAAUGACAGCAGGCCGUUUUCCAAAAUGGAAGAGAUUAAAACACAAGUAAACUACAUAAAAGAAAAGUUUACAGAAAGCCAGCAGAAGCAGCACUUGAAAAAUAAGCUGGAAUCUUACAUCGAAAUAAUAAACGAUUACAUCCACCAUCAGAAUCAAAGGGUUGCGGAUAGCGCCAAAACUCUAUUGGCAGAUAUCCAAGAGAUGCUGAAAAACAUGACCCAGAUUUCAGACGCAAUGAAUGAUACGUCCCAAAGAAGAGCAUCCAUAGAAUUGUCCUUUGAAAACGUAGUCGGUAUUCAGGGAUCCGUCGAACGACUGGAAGAAGCUGUGGCAAAAUUUGACGGCAAAAAGGGUGAUCCACAAUAUAAAAAGAUAGUGGGAGAUCUCUCUGAAUGUCGAAAAUAUCUUCGAAGCAUAGACAUUCCUCCGAAGUACGACAUGAUAAAUCAACAAAGGGAGGAAAUUCUAAAUAAAAUUGCAGUUACCUUCAAUAUUUUAGAAAGCAAAUGUUUUAAUUACUACGACGAUCCAGAGUUACUAAACACCAAAGAGAAAUUAAACAGUUUAAAAGGCAAGGUCAAUAGAUUUACAGGAGCUUAUGGAGGUGUUUUAUAUAACCAGAUAGAGAAAGAUCUUAACAGACUACUUGUAGAUGUCACAGCAAGUAUAAGCGAUGAAAUCAUUUCAAAUGAUAUCACGAAAGACGUAGAGAAACACCUGAAAAUUUUAGAGCACAGAGCCACGAAAGAUCAAAGCUUCCGCCGAACCAUAAGUGAAACAAAGUCUAAAAGUGAGGAUGAAGAGAAACUGACCAAGUUAAAAAUAGAUUUAUUAAACAUAAAAGCAACGAUUGAUACUACACCUGCCAAUGCUGAAGAUGGAUUUUUAAAGUUAAAAAGCCGUUUGGAUCUGGUUAAGUUUGGACUAGAUCAACUCAGAUUUUCAUUAGAGGAAGAAGAAAAUCAAAAGGAUGUCUUAUACAACGAAGUGGAAACCUUGAAGAACGAAGUAGAGGCAAAAAUUUCACUCGCUCGAGAGGCCAUGAGACAAUUGUCGAUGCAAGAAAACAAGGACAAAAUGGAACUAGAAGAACUAAAGAAAAUCGAGGAAAGGUUUAAGCACAUUAAACCAGAAAUAGAAAGUUUCGUAGGCACAACUUCAGACAAUAAAUUCUACGAACUGGAUGAAAACUCUAUAAGGUUGAUAUUAAAAAUGGACAAAUUACAAUUUGAAAGAGGCUCUGAAGCUCACAAGAAAAAAAUUGAUUUAUUAAAAGAUAUUUACAAUUACGGAGACCUUCUGGAUCAAAGAGCUAAAGAAUCUGAAGACCUUUCAGAUAUAGAAAGAGCUUUACAUGACAUAGAAAAGAAUUUUGCAAGAAAUUUAAAGUUGAACGAUUUGGAAACCCUUAAAGAAAAAGUUACUGACUUGAAAAACAAGUUAGUUAAUACCCAAUACAACCAAAACCUUUCCCAAAGAAAACAAGCUUGUAUUAAAGGAAUUGAAGCUGUUUUUGAGAAAAUUGAAGCUAAUAAACAAGGCACAAGUGAAAAUCAGGAAAUGAUAAACGUUGAAAUUAUUCAGGAUAAACUCUUAUCGGAUAUCGAGUCACAGUUUGGUCAAAUUAAGAAAGAUAUUGACCUCUUUUAUGGAACUCACUCUCACAGCACGUACUACGACAUUAACACCAGUUUAACAGCUUUGUUCUUCAAAUUAGAUACUCUUCAGUUAGCACAGGAUAGCGAACUACGUUCUAGAAAAAUAGCAUUACUAAAGGAAAUGCACAGCUACAAAGAAAUUUUAUAUAAUAAAGCCAAAGAAAUUGAACUAAUUCAAGAAAUAGACAAGCAGUUAAAUCACAUAAAUAAAAUGGUAGAAAAUUACAGGGGUAAAGAUGAAGAACUAAAGGCACUUGAAACCCAACUGAAGAUGGUACAGGCAAAAAUUAACAACAUAAAAAUUGACGAAAACAGAAAGAAACCUAUAGACCAAAAGUUGAACAUUUUAAUUGGAGAAUAUAUCCGUUUUAAGAAAGCCAAAGAAGUAGUACCGAAAGACUACAUAGGCAGUACAUCUUUUUUUAAAGAUGUAGAGAAUAACUUGAAUAAAACCAUAAUGUCACCGAACAUGCAAGGUGUUACAGCUCGAUUAGCAGAAAUCGAAAACGAAAUAUAUCUGGUACGACAAAAGGCUACAAAAUUUAACAACACUGACACUAGUGAAGAUUACAAGAUCAUCGAGGAUACACUACUGAGGCUGAAGAUGAGAUUGAACAAGCUUCCUUCGGAAUAUAUUGCAAAGCAGCAUCAACUGGAGAAAGCCAUAGACGAAUGCUUUAAUAUUUUAGAUGAGAGAAGUUUGGACUUCUCAAGUGUUAUGGAUAUUGAAAAAGCUCUGGACAUGAUUGAUGAAAUGUUUGAAAGUACAGUUAGGGAAGAUGAUAAAGGUGCUAUAGACGAACAGUUGAUUUCCCUACAGGUGAAACUUGGAAAGCUACGAGUAAAUGAGGAUUUGAUGCAAAGGAAGAACAGAUGUGCUGAUAGGAUCAAUAAAUAUUUAAGAUUAUUAAAAGAUAAGGCAGUUACACAGUCGAAUUAAGCUAUAGUAUUGUUAGUGUCUAAAAAAAUUGUUAAUUCGUUACAGAUUUGUAUUCAAAAUAUUGGUAUUUGAAAUAUAUUUAUAUUAUAUAA